CCGCACCGGGGAGCCUCCUGCGCCCCACCGUCACCGGGCCGCCGCACAGGAGAGCGCCCUGUAUCGUCCCUCCGCACCGGCGAGCCCCGCUAAGAGAGCCCAGACCCCUACUCGGCACCGGGGGAGCCCCGCCGCACCGGGGAGCCCCGGAGGGAGCGGAGCCCGGUGCGGCGCCGCCCGGGAGCGGGAGUCGCGUCCAGCGCCCGUGAGCCGCCGGGUACCGUCGCCCAGCACCUCCGGGAGCCGCCAUGGCCUCGCAGAACGCCGACCCCGCCGCCGUGUCCAGCGCGGCUGCCCGUAAAGCGGCUGAAGCGGGAGCGACGGCGGCCCGCGGCUCGGUGGGGAAGAGGCUGCAGCAGGAGCUGAUGGCGCUCAUGAUGUCCGGUGACAAAGGCAUCUCCGCCUUCCCCGAGUCUGACAACCUCUUCAAGUGGAUCGGGACCAUCGACGGUGCCGCCGGCACGGCCUACGAGGAGCUGCGGUACAAGCUGUCGCUGGAGUUCCCCAGCGGGUACCCCUACACCGCACCCACCGUGCGGUUCCUGACGCCCUGCUACCACCCCAACGUCGACACCCAGGGCAACAUCUGCCUCGACAUCCUCAAGGACAAGUGGUCGGCCCUCUACGAUGUCCGCACCAUCCUGCUCUCCAUCCAGAGCCUGCUGGCAGAGCCAAACAUCGAGAGCCCCCUGAACACACACGCUGCCGAACUCUGGAAGAACCAAGCUGCCUACAAGAAGUACGUGCGGGAGACGUAUGCCAAGCAAGCCAAGAGCCAGGAGACCUGACCCACGCCACCUCUCCCCAUCACGCUUGGGUCUCUGUCCGCUCCCCGUCCGGCCGCUUCCCCCGGCUUUCUGUAUCAUAGGCUGUUUUUAAAUUAAUUUCGCAGUCCGAGCCACGGUUAAUGUAUAAAUAAA